AUGAGCAAACAAAGGUGUUGUGAGUCGAGGUUUAUUGACACUAUUGUUGGAGAAGUCGCAGAUAAAUUGAAUCCAACAGGUUUAAGUGUUGCGGUGUACCCAGUUGGAAUAGAAGAUCGUGUUCAACAACUGAGUGGGUUUCUGAAGUUGGGGUCUGAUGAUGUAAGGAUUGUUGUCAUAUUGGGGUUUGGUGGAAUAGGCAAGACAACAAUUGCUAAAGCCAUGUAUAAUCGCAUACAUCAUCAGUUUGAAAGCACUAGUUUUCUCGCAAAUAUUGGACGAAGUUCAAGCCUUGUUGAACUACAAGGAAAGCUUCUUCGUGAUCUCCUUAAGGAUGGAAAACAUAGAAUAAGUAGCGAGGAUCAUGGAAUUGAGGUGAUAAAACAGCGAGCAUGGUGUCGAAGGGUUCUUCUUGUUCUUGAUGGUGUGGACAACAUUCGCCAAUUGAGAGCAUUGGCCAUAAAUCGUGAUUUGUUACGUCCAGGAAGUAGAAUCAUUGUAACAACUAGAGAUUUGUCUGCAACAUCUUCACUUCGAGCGGAUGAUGUGUAUAUGCCUGAGAAAUUGAGUGAGGAGAAAUCUCUUCAACUCUUCAGUUGGCAUGCGUUUAGGACAGAGCAUCCUAAACAAGGCUAUGAGAUCCUCUCUAAGGAAGUAGUGAGCUAUGCUAAGGGGCUUCCUUUAGUUCUUGAAAUUUUAGGUUGUUUUUUGUUUGACAAAACCAUACUUGAAUGGAGAGAUGAAUUGAAGAAGUUGGAAAAGAUUCCUCAUCUUGAAGUUCAAAAAAUACUUGCGCUGAGCUUGGAUUCACUUGAUGAUAAACAGAAGGGUUUAUUCUUAGAUAUUGCAUGUUUUUUUGUUGGAAUGGACCAAGAUUUGCCAAUCAAAAUUCUAAAAGGCUGCGGUUUUUAUCCAGAAUCUGAUAUUAGGGUUCUAUCUCGUCGUUGUCUCGUAAGCAUUGGGAGGAACCGGCUGAUGAUGCACGAUCUAAUUCAAGACAUGGCUAGAGAGAUCGUCCGUCAAGAAUCCCCUGAAGAGCCAGGCGAACGUAGCAGGUUAUGGUAUCAUGAAGACAUUCUUGACGGGACAAAAGCAGUUCAAGGCUUAGUUCUGAACUUGCCUGAAUCAAAGGAACUACAACUAAAUUGGAAGGCAUUUACAAAGAUGGAGAGGCUGAGACUGCUUCAACUCGAUUUUGUCCAUCUAAGUGGAAGCUACGAAUAUCUCUCUGGAAGACUUGUAUGGCUAUCUUGGAAAGGAUAUCCUUUAGAAUGUAUACCACCAACCUUAAUUUUGGAUAAUCUGGUUGUCAUUGACUUGAGCUAUAGCAAGCUUAAACAAGUUUGGAGAGGAACAAAGGUUUUGUACAAAUUGAAAUACCUCAAUCUUAGUCAUUCAUAUUUCUUGAUCAAAACUCCAGACUUCACGGGACUCACCAGUCUUGAGAAAUUGUUGCUUAAUGAUUGUGCAAAGCUGGUAGAGGUUCACCGAUCUGUUGGAUGUCUAAAAAAUCUUCUUGUCUUGAAUCUAGGGAAUUGCAAGAAUCUUAAGAAGAUUCCGCUGAGCGUUUUUAUGCUGAAGUCUCUCUUUCAUUUGAAUCUGUCUGGCUGCUCGAAAUUAGAUUGGCAUCAGGGAAUUACGAAUAGAAAAUUGAAACAAGCUUUUCGUCCUAUAAGUCAAGGUUUCGCAAUUUUUCAAGGAUCACGAUUUGAAACAAGCUUUUCGUCGUAUCAGUUAUCCUGUAGCAUCAGGGAAUUACGUAUGGAAAGUUGCAAUAUAACAAAUUUGCCCAGUGAAAUUGGUAGUUUGGUGUCCUUAGAAUAUUUGAAUCUUAGCAGAAACAAAUUUUCUAACCUACCAGCCACCAUCACUAGCCUUCCACGACUGAGGUAUCUCGUCAUAAACAGUUGUACUCGGCUUAAAUCACUUCCAGCGCUUCCAGUAAGUUUAUGUGAAUUGUUGGCAAUCCACUGUACAUCAUUGCAGAGCAUAUCAAUGGAAUCAAAAGCCAUCAUCACUAGCCUUCCAGUACUGAGGAUGAGAUUUUACCGUUGUCCCAAAUUAGUCAACAACAAUUGUGCAUAUAAUUUUAGAAGAAAUUUCCUCAGUUGUCAGGGACUGCGAGAACAAGAGUUGCAUAUUAUUCUUCCCGGGAGUGAGGUUCCGAGGUGGUGCAACUACCAGAGUGAGGGACCCGUUAUACGUUUUCGGGUGCCUCAGCUCAUGGGUGGGACAAUACAAGGGGUUAUUCUCUGUAUUGUAUUUUCUCAGCGCGUGGGCACCAUAUUUAAAUAUUUUCUCAGCGUUAAAUAUUGCGUUUGUAAUGAAGCGAAGAGGUCUAGGGGACCACGUAGUAAACCAACAGUUCCAUGCGGUGCACAAAUGUGCCUCUCCUACAUACCGAACCAGCACCUUGAAUCUUGGUUGGGCGUUGGAGAUGAAGUGGAGAUGAAAAUUAUGAAUUGUUCUGGAAUUGAUUUUAGGGUGAAGAGGUUAGGGGUUCGUCUGGUUUACGAGGGAGAGAAUCAUCCUGACUCAUAUGAUGAUGCCUCACAUCACUCGUUCACUACUGCCUCUAAUAUUAUUUGGGUCAAUCGGGGUAUUAAACACUUGGAGUCCGGAGGAAAGAGUUCUGAUCCAGACACCAGAGGUCUGAAGCGAAUUAUUCCUCGGCACUGA